AUGGGUCACUCAACCAAAUUGCUGUUUGGUGAAGCAAUACUUUUGUUUGCAACAUGCACGAAUGUGACAUACACUACCAUCAUGUUGCAGCCAGCCAUUCAUUCGCCAGCCAUUCGAAAAAGUACAUACAACAACCAAUUCUAGUCUGCGAUCUUUGUUUUGCACAAUACACGCCUAUUUUAAAUGCACACUAGGGCUGUAUACAGCACCACUGCA